AUGACACAUUCGACUUCAUCAGCCAACCUCAAAGACCCUGCAAUUUUCGGCAGACUCUCUGGAGAUCAGGACACCAUCGAUCUUGAUGGACUUGCCUUUGGCGUGUUCCUUAAUGAGUCUGUAACUAGCACUAGCGAAAUGCCAACAAGUCACGCUAGUGCUACUGUCCCUAGGCUAAUCCCUUGGUCAGUGGAGAUCGACGCGCUCUACCUAUUACCACCUCCCCGGGCACUGCAGGGGACUGUCGAGAGAACACAGCACUCCCAUCAUAUCUCUGUGCCAUAUCCUCUGCAGGAACCCAAAGUCAUCCCACUCAGUGCAACUACUAUACCUGCCCCACAAACCCUGCAGCUCGCAACAAGUGCAGACUUGCCCAUCACCCCCACAACAAUUGCACCUGUCGACCUUGCUGCUCCCGUCAUCCCUGUCUCCCCCAUCGUCCCUAUUAUUGUCCCCGUCGCUCCCACAGUCAUCUCUAUUGAGCCUGCCCCUCAACAGCCUGUCACACCAGUCUCUAUACAGGUGUCAGCUGACAUCCAAAAGCAGAUCACGUGGCAUGCAAAAACCCGAAUCUUGCGAUACUUGCUCACUUCGCAUGCAAUGGCUGGCAGUGAUGUCCAGAAACGAGCUGUCGUCGAUCCCGCAAUUGCAGAGUCGAUUCCAUUGGUGAGUGGCAUGAAUGUUCGUGUUUUAAACCCCACGACAUCGAACCAACGUCAACAGCUGACAGGAACAUGGACCUCCACUUUCAGCAACCUCGUCAAGCUUGUGCGGAUCUGUGUCCCAUUUGGUUUCAAUAUCUACCCCCCUGUAGACUCCAACAUUCUCCCUGAUGAAUUCCGGGCGCAGUGUCAUACAUGCAUUGAUCAAUGA